GAUUACUCAACAAUUACGUAACUAAGUCAGCAGAUAAAAAGAAAAUGCGCCGCCGUGAAACGUCUUUUAACAUGUACGAAGAAAAUGAAUUGAAUUUAUCUGUUUGAACUCCGAAUCGCCAGAAUUCUAAAUUUUAGUUCAUACAAAAGAAAAAGACUGAAUUGAAUAAAACUAUUCAAAAUAAUAUAUUUUUUGCUGUGUAUCAUUUAUUUAUUCUCUCAGCUGUUUCAUUUGAAUGAUUUUUCAGCGGACGGAUUUUAUUGAACGUUGAAGUAAGCGCGUAAUUUUACGUUUUCUGCAGUAAAAUCUUUUUAAAAAAACAUUUUAUGCACAACCAUUGCAAUAGGUAAACCUCGUGAUUGAAUGAGACGGAUGCAUCAUAAUUUUGUUAUACUAAGUUACGUUGCUAUUGAUUUUGAAAAAAUUGCGCUCACAAUAUUCCAUUACCUUUUUUCAAAUACGAAAUUUGUUGAUUUAUUUUACCAGCCUUUAAAAUAUUAUUAUAACCGGGUUAAACUUGGGAGAACAUACUGUUAAAUUACUUAAAAAAGCGUUAUUUUAACGUAUUCCUUUUAUUUUUGGCAAAGAUGAUUUCAUUAUUAGUCUUUCGACUGAUUCCCGUUCUUUGCUACAUAUCUCUUAAUUUCGCGGCUGCAAUUCCGGAGGAUAUAGACACCAAGAACCUACCGUUCCUAGACGACAAUGUAAUUAACACUAACGACGAAUUUCUGAUCCAAAAAAUAGACAAUGGAACUUCGUACCUAAUCAUUCCGAACAAGAAUUACAUACCGACGACUAAGAAACCACCGAAGACCGAGGCCCCGAAGCAAGGACAAGAACGUCAAUCUUGUCCGGUUGAGUUCGACGGUGUGCCCAUUUGCAAGGGACUGGCGGGGGAGCUGACCCAGUUGAGGAAUACCUCCUGUUGGUACACUAAGCCCUUCACCCUGGACAGUGAGAUGGUCAUUGUGAAACUGGUGCUCUACUCCGUCUUAGUCGUCAUAUCCUACCUCGGCAAUCUGUACAUCAUCUGCGUGGGUCUGUUCGACUGGUUCCUGUCCAGACAGGCCUUCUGCGCGGGACUGGUGGGACUGGCUAUAGCUGAUCUGACCAUAGUUUCAUGGUACUACUCCGAGGACAUACUCACUGCUAGGUUCCCGGUGGAUGGCUACUACCCUAUUGAGGAGGUGGGCUGUGUGUGUAGAGAGAUGUUCGUCAACAUCACCUUCGCAGUUCUCAUGUUCAUCAUCGUCAUCCUUUUCCACGAGAGGAAACACGAGUGUGUAGUGGCGGAGACUAAGUUCAAACUGAACCCUGAUCUGUUCCACAUUCAGAGACAGUUCUCAAAUCAGAGCCACGUCUCAUCCCAAGCCAUUCUGGGCAACGGAGGACUCCUGCCUCCCCCCAACUUCCAGCCCCCCUCUCCGCCCAUCAAGGUGGACCCAUACAGUCUGGAGGUGGAGUGUGCGAAUGGAGGAGGACCUUUGGGGGAGCAGCAGGAAGAAACCAGUUGCCCCCCGUGUUGCAUGGGCGCAAAGGCGAAGACUAAGGUGAUGAGUGCUAGGCAGAUGGUGAGUGUGAUGGUGAUUGUACUGAUUCUAUCCUUCGUCCGGGGUAUCGUGUUCGCCAGUGUGCUCAAGUACUCCAAGUGUGCCAUAGACGACGGUACCAUGUUCCCCACCUGCGAACCAGACAACCUGGACUAUAGUGAGCGACUGGGUCUGCUGGUGGGUGAUGCGUGUGUGGUGUUUGUGGUGCCAGUGGUACUAGUGUGCUACUACUCCAAGUGUCUCUUCUACAGACUGCACAUGCCCUACCAUCAGGCACACCUCAUCAUCGGACACCACGACAGGUCAAAGAAGUUCAUCCUGUUGCUGGUGUUGGCCAUGAUGACCUUCAUCUUCCUGCUGCCGGAGAGAGCCCUGUUCAUCUUCGUCAAGGUCACCAAGAUCCCGUUCGGAAUGUCCAUGAAUGUGUUCAUCCGUCUCCUCGUGUAUCUCAACUGUGCCUUCAAACCACUCCUGUAUGGACUGCUCUACAGGGAGAUGUACUACCCGCUCCUCAUUCUCGUUCUAGGCAUGAAGGAUGCACGAAAGCCGGUGAAGCCUUCCCAGAGGAGCCCCAAUCAUCCGAGUAUGAGCGUGGACGAACCCGAGGACGAGGAGCCCUCCAUGACCCAAGAGGAGUACGAAAAACGUUUGGCCGAGGAGGACCCGACCAAACCGUCGCAAGUGAUGAUCGAAGCGAUACGGGAGAAAGUAAAGAAACAAAAAGAGCGGGAAGAAAGAGAAAGAAGUCGUUUGAGUUCAACGUGCAGCAGCAACACUUCUCUUAUGUACAUGCGACAAGGUUCUGAUCAAAGUAACGGAAGUGGUGGAAUCUUUUUUGGACCGGGUGGUAAACAGUUUAACAAUAUGCGAGGACCUAUGAUACCCUACAUGCACCGAUCAUCCUCAUGUAGUGACCCUUAUCCUUACAUGGGUAGACCUAAGUUGCACAGUGUAUCUGGCUCUGACCCUUACUAUCAACAGUCGACUCCGAGAAACAAUCCCGCUAUGUACAACAAUUUCUACACCAUGGGCCGUGGUGUUGGAAAUAACAAGAAACGCAACAAUAACCCAAACGCUCCAAUUAUUCCAAGUAUGGCAAACAAUGUCCAAGCUGCGGAUAAACUUCUGGAAAAAAACCGAAGCACCGAGAUACCGUACUUUUCUCAGCAAAAUGUCUACAGCACGAGUCCCCGAAAACCGAAGCCGAGAAAUGCGAACAGCGAGAGCUUGUCGGCUCACGGAUACGACAACAUGCCUACAUCCCAACGCCUGUCAGUAGGCUCAUCGCACAAGCGAAGAGUGGAAAGAAAUUCAUCCAAGCGAAGCGACGAUGGAAGUGAAAAAUUAAACACUAUUGAAGCUUCGCCGACGUGCGAAAAUGGCCCGUCAACGCCUCCAGCGGAAGACCCGAGUGUCGGUCGUCUUGGCGAAGAGCGGUCGUCUUCGAGCUCAAAUGGAUCGGCUUGCAGUACAGAAGUUACGAACGUAUCGGCGAUUUCCCUGUCAAGCAUGCCGAAUGGCUCAACAAAUGCGCUGAUUCCCGGAAAUCAUCGGCGGUUGAAUUCUGUCGGAUCCAAUUCAAUUCAUAGUUCGUCCCCGACGCCGCCCUCGCUUCCUCCGCGGAGUCCGACCGGAGUUUUGAUGUUUGAGACUAUCAACGAACAAUCGCCUUUCGAUUUCAGUUCAUCAGCAAUAUGAAAAUUGUUAUUUAAAACUCUCCUGAACCUAAAAACUACCAAAAACUUCAUCAUGAAGCCUAAAAUUUAGUUUAGAAUUGUAAAGCGCGCUGUUUUUACCUUGAUACAGAUCAAUUUCUCUGUCCGAAACUGCAAAAGCAAAAAAACAAAAAAAUUAGAAACCGACCCCAAUAAUAUGUUUUAGUUGAUAUUUUUGAGAUAAUAAUUCUCAAAGUUAGUGCUUAAGUUAUCAAUGUUCAUUGUAGUUUUUAAUCUACUUGAGAAUCAAAGUGUUGUGUGCAUAUUGGAUUCCAUCAUGAAAUAUUCAAAACCUGUUGUUUCGUAAACUAAUACAAAGUUGGUCGUAGAAUUAGAAUGAAAAUAUUAAUAAACAUUCGUUUUGUUUCAAUACUGUAUGAUUUGUAUUCCUCGAACAAUAUUGCCCUUUGAAAGGGCACAACUAUUUGCAUUAUUUUUGUUUAAAUACUGAUAUCAAAAGUACAAGGCUAAAACUCUCCGAUCUUUUCCUUUUUCAGAAGGAGUUUUAGUCUUGAUGAGAAUAGUGCCUAAAAAGCUUCAAAAGCAAAAAUUGAUUGUUUUGUAUUUUCAAUUCUGUCCAUUUUGUAUUAUUUGAGACAAGGAAUUUAAUUAAUGGCUA